AUGUCGAUCUUCGAGUACAACGGGAGUGCCCUAGUGGCCAUGGUGGGGAAGAACUGCUUCGCCAUUGCUAGCGAUCGGAGACUCGGGGUUCAGCUCCAGACUAUCGCCACCGAUUUCCAGAGGAUUUCCAAGAUCCACGACAAGCUUUUCAUCGGUCUCUCUGGCCUCGCCACCGAUGCUCAGACGCUCUACCAGCGCCUCGUUUUCCGCCAUAAAUUGUAUCAGUUGCGCGAAGAGAGGGAUAUGAAGCCCGAAACCUUCGCUAGCCUAGUCUCUGCUCUUCUCUACGAAAAAAGGUUUGGUCCAUACUUUUGCCAACCUGUAAUUGCUGGACUAGGAGAUGAAGAUAAACCAUUCAUUUGCACCAUGGAUGCGAUUGGAGCAAAGGAACUUGCAAAAGAUUUUGUUGUGGCUGGCACCGCAUCCGAGUCUCUUUAUGGUGCUUGUGAAUCAAUGUUUAAGCUUGACAUGGAACCAGAGGAACUGUUCGAGACUAUCUCUCAAGCGCUGCUAUCAUCGGUUGAUCGAGAUUGUUUAAGUGGCUGGGGUGGACAUGUUUAUCUUGUGUAA